CAGACAGACAGACAGACAGACGGACAGACAGACAGACAACCAGCUAAAUGUGUCCAGGGCGGUCACCUGAUGAUUGCUCAGUCUUGACCCACCGUUCAGGAAUACACUAUAUUACACUUAAAGAACCAACACGCAAUGUGAUUCAGAUUGGUACAAAAGUGAUUGAAAGAAGAUGACGGUGACGUAUUCCAGCAAAGUAGCCAACGCCACGUUCUUCGGUUUCCAUAGACUUCUACUGCGAUGGAGAGGCAGCAUCUAUAAGCUGCUUUAUCGGGAGUUUAUAGUCUUUGUGCUUUUAUAUACCCUGGUGAGCCUCGUUUACAGACUUGCUCUCUCAGACCCUGAAAAGCGUUUCUUUGAAAAGUUGGCUAUUCACUGUAACAAGUAUGCUGAACAGAUCCCAGUCACGUUUGUGCUUGGUUUCUAUGUGACCCUGGUGGUGAACCGCUGGUGGAACCAGUUUGUGAAUCUGCCUUGGCCCGACCGUCUCAUGUUCCUGGUCUCCAGCUGUGUUCACGGUCACGACGAGCAGGGUCGCCUCCUCCGACGCACACUGAUGCGCUACGUCAACCUCACCUCGCUGCUCAUCUUCCGCUCCGUCAGCACCGCCGUCUGUAAGAGGUUCCCCACCAUGGAGCAUGUGGUGGAGGCAGGCUUCAUGACUCCAGAAGAGAGGAAGAUCUUUGAUGCUGUCAAGUCUCCCCACCUCAAGUACUGGAUCCCUGUGGUGUGGUUUACUAACAUGGCAUCCAAGGCUAGGACGGAGGGGCGCAUAAAGGACAGUGUGGACCUGCAGACCAUCCUCAACGAGAUGAACACGUUUAGGACUUGGUGCUCCACUCUCUUUGGUUAUGACUGGGUUGGCAUUCCUCUCGUCUACACACAGGUAGUAACCCUGGCUGUCUAUACCUUCAUCUUCGCCUGUAUUAUCGGUAGACAGUUCUUGGACCCAGCUCAGGUGACCCCAGGUCAUGACCAGGACCUAUACGUCCCCAUCUUCACUAUGCUGCAGUUCUUCUUCUACUCUGGCUGGCUCAAGGUUGCUGAGCAGCUCAUUAAUCCAUUUGGGGAGGAUGAUGAUGAUUUUGAGGCUAACUGGUGUAUCGACAGAAAUCUGCAGGUGUCGUUGAUUGCGGUGGAUGAGAUGCAUAUGAACUUCCCUCCAAUGACGAAAGACAUUUACUGGAAUGACUCUGACGCUCUGCCUCCCUACACCCUGGCUGCUGCCGACUACUGUAUACCCUCAUUCCUAGGAUCCACCAGAGAGUUGGAACGACCAGGCUCCCCCAGGACCGGAUCCCUCUCUGUUCCCCCACACCCAACCUCUUUAACUCCCACAACCCCUCCGCCCAACCACCCUCUGGAUACGCUACGGGAGACAGGGCAUGAGCAGGCCUCAAGUAAGCCAGGGACUCCAGUAGAUCUGUCCCCCAUUGUGGAGGCUCUGGGCCUGAAUGCUAAUCAGGGCUACAGCUCUACCAGCCGGGUCCCAAGAACUGUCGCUGGAAUGUCCCCAAAGACUGGUGUAAGCCACGGCGACGUCAGCUGUCCUUCCAGUUCUCCAGACAGGGCUCAAAGAGCUCCCCUGCACAGCCUGCCCAGUCCUAAGGGCCUAGGGGAGGAAGAGAGAGGCCUAAACGCUUCCACAGCCCUCCACUUUCCUGCUGAGCCUGCCCAGUUCCAAGCACUGCAAGUCCCAGAGACAGACAUUCUGGAGUCCAAUGGUCAGGAGAGUGACAAGAAGGACACCAAUGACAGCUAA